UUGGCAAAACGGACGGCUCAGAUCUCAAAUCAGAACUCACUCACGAGCCUUAUAUUCGUAACAUCUCUCCAAACCCUAACCCUAACCCCUCUGUGGCCGAAGCUCUCACUCUCUCUCUCUCUCUCGCCAUGGGGGCUUACAAAUACGUGUCCGAAUUAUGGAGGAAGAAGCAAUCAGACGUGAUGAGGUUCCUGCAGAGGGUUAGGUGUUGGGAGUACCGUCAACAUCCGUCCAUUGUUCGUGUUACACGGCCUACUCGUCCUGACAAGGCUCGCAGAUUGGGCUACAAGGCUAAGCAGGGUUAUGUGAUUUAUCGUGUUCGUGUUAGACGUGGUGGUCGGAAGAGGCCUGUGCCCAAGGGAAUUGUUUAUGGUAAGCCCACAAACCAAGGUGUUACCCAACUGAAAUUCCAGCGCAGCAAGAGGUCAGUUGCAGAGGAACGUGCUGGGCGAAAGUUGGGAGGUCUUAAGGUUCUCAACUCGUACUGGAUCAAUGAGGAUUCAACUUACAAGUACUAUGAGAUAAUCCUUGUUGAUGCUGCUCACAACACCAUCCGAAAUGACCCAAGAAUCAAUUGGAUAUGCAAACCUGUGCACAAGCACAGGGAGCUUCGUGGACUCACAUCUGCGGGGAAGAAAUACAGGGGUCUACGUGGAAAGGGGCACCGGCACCACAAGGCACGGCCUUCUCGCAGGGCAACCUGGAAGAGAAACAACACCCUCUCUCUCCGCCGCUACCGCUGAUCUUUUCGGCACAUUGCUUGGUACUUUUUUUUGUUUACUGUUAUCUGGAUUUUUAGACAUCUCAUAUCUGGAUUUUUAGACAUCUCAUUUUGAAUUUGAAAUUUUGGAGAUAUACCUGAGAGUAUUGUUUCAAAAGAUUUAUUUGAUUUAACGUGACAUGUUGAGUAGCUUUAAAAUUUUCAUUAACUUA